AUGUCUCUGUUUGUGGCAGAAAAGGCCCCCAACGGUGUUGACACAUCGGAGCAACUUCUUCGGGAUCUCCAGGACAGCAAAACCCUCCCAUUAUGGACUCAGAUGACUCGGCUUAACCCAGCUGCGCCCAACCCAACAGCAGUCCCUUUUGUCUGGGAGUAUGAAAACAUUCGUCCCAACCUGCUGCGGGCCGGUAACCUCAUUUCCGAGAAGGAGGCCGAGAGACGAGUAUUGAUGCUGAUCAAUCCCACUAGGGACGCACCCUACACGACCGAUACCCUCUACGCUGGCCUGCAGCUUGUCAUGCCCAAUGAAACUGCCCCGGCACACAGGCACACAGCCUUUGCUAUGCGCUACAUUAUUGAGGGCAGCGGGGGUUUCACCGCUGUCCACGGCAAGAGAAUUCAGAUGCAGAAGGGGGAUGUGAUCCUCACUCCCACCUGGAAUUGGCACGAUCAUGGAAAGGACGGCUCUGGACCAAUGAUCUGGCUAGAUGGUUUGGACUUGCCUAAUUUCCGCCAUUUUCCAGUUCAUUUCGUCGAGCACUUUGAGCAACCUAGAUAUCCUGCCGCAAAUGUCGAUACUAGUGCUUCGCCUCUUGUGUUCCCUUGGGCUCGCAUGAAGGCCCAGCUCGACCUUGAUCGGGGUAAUUGGACCACUCGGCGAUACCUAAAAGAAGACGGACGCGAAGUGAGCCGUAUUCUUGGGGGCUGCGCAGAGAGGUUGGAUGCUUCCACGUGUUCCCCCGCCAUUCGCGAGACUGCUUCCGCCGUCUACCAUGUUAUCGCAGGAAGCGGAACUUCCCAGGUUGGCGACGAGACCCUCACAUGGAGGACCGGAGACACGUUCUGCAUUCCUUCGUGGUACAAGUACCAACAUUUCGCCAGCGACGGAGAAACCGUGUAUCUUUACCGCUUCGACGAUAAGCCAAUGCUUACAGCUCUUGGAUUUUAUCGUACGGAACAGAUGGACACGGAGAGCCUGGUUUCUAAUUAA